AUGCACAACUUUCGGGUCAUGCAGAACCUCCAGAGUGUGCUCCUGAGAGGUCUUGGUGAGGACCGCGUGGAGGAUUUGAUUCCAGGAGGGAACGGCUUGGAUCCCAUGGCGAAGUUCAUGCACCAAAACGGCUUGAAAAGCAUGGAGCGGCAGGCAUCUGGUUGGAGCCCGUUGUGCUAUGCGGUGCUUUCGGGGGACACCAGGGUAGUUUCGGCUUUGCUGCAGGGCAAGGCCGACGUGAAUGACAAGAUCACCAAGCGGGACAACAUCAUGCAGUUUGCUCAGAAUACGACCGUGCUUGACAUGUGCAGCUUUCUGAAGCACAACGAGUGCGUGAUGCUCCUGCUGGAAGCACGUGCCGACCUGGCCAGAAAGGACGGCUACAGUGCCAUGGCCGUGCACUGGGCCGCAGGAGCUGACAAUCAAGCAGCUGUUCGAAUUCUGAAGGAAAAGGGCUCCAGCACGUCGGCCUUGAACAUUUUGGGGCUCGAGCCGAUCCACAUGGCUGCAGCUGGGGGCCAUGUGCACAGCAUGAUGGAGUUGCUGGAUAGCACGAGCCCUAAGAGUCUGAGUCUGGCCCUUCAUAUAUCCAUCCUUUACAAGGCGCAAUCGCCCGAGGCCAUUGCAAUGCUGAUAGAGAAGAAGGCUGACAUCAACAACCAACUUGCCCUUCCGACCUUCAGUACACUCUCCAUGCUCUUUGGUGCGAUGACAUUGCGCCACAAGUGGAGGCAAUCUCUUCUGAGCACCUAUGCCCAUCACCACUCCAAGGCCACUCCUUUGAUGCUGAGUCUCUGUAGCCAAGCCUACGCAGCAGCUGCGAUUCUCAUAGCUUCUGGGGCGCGCUUGGACCUCAAGAACAGUCGGGGCUGUACAGCGGCCGACAUCGCUCAACUCACAGCGGCCCCCGAGUGGGUGCUGAGUGCUGCGAGGGGAGAGGCAGACGCAAUCCGCGCCUGCGAGGACAUGGCGGACGAACACGGCCAUAGGAUUUGGCUGCGGAUGUAG